AAGGUUUUAAAAGACUGUACUCGCAAAAACUAAACUCCCCGGCUCCCGUCUCGUUCCAGAGGGUCUUUGAUGGAAUUUGCUUUUCCGGACAACGUUGUCGUUUUGUGUCGUCAUUGUCCCCGUGCGCUUGAGGUAUUUCGAGUUGUUCCUACUUCAUAGUUUCCAAACAAAAUUACAGAGAUUAAGGCGAAGAAUAGAGCCCACAUGCCUGGCGGUUGCAGCAUCAGAGCUCUGUGGAUCAUCAACAAUCUCGACGGCGUAAUUUUCUCCAGGAGAUUUCCGGUGGUGGAGAGGCAGUGGCGAGCUGCUUGCAAGACCGAAAACGAGAGUUCAAAUGAGGAUCCGGUUAAGUACACUGCUCUACCCGUGCUUCCAAAUGAUUCAGAGAUAGCUGCUGCAUUUAUGGAGCGGAAGAAAAGUCAGGGCUCAACACGUGGGUAUGGCAUAAGGGUGACUCAGUCAGCUCAAGGAUCUGACUCCUGGGUUGAUGACCCCAUUAUGCGUCAUAUAAUAAGCCUUCGUAUAGGCGCAGAGGAGGAAGGAGAGAGUUAUCUAUUAUGGCCUUUAGUUUUGCAUGUAAGGGGACCUUAUUGCGUUCUUGCUUUGCCUUUGAUUGAGCCAAGGCAUUUAAAAGUGUAUUCAAGAUUAUGCUGUAGAUCUGAUUGUGGAAAUGCUGUUGGAGUGGACGAAAGCAUAUCUUCUCUCCUGCUUGAUCUUCCAUCCAUCACAGGGGCAUUUAUGGUAGCACUUGCUAUUGGUGAUAUAAUUACUGGUGAUAUGGUAGAUCCAGAGGUGGUUGUAAGUGUGUCACCAUCUGUGGGAGGACUGUUGGAUUCCUUAACUGGAAGCAUAGGGAUAUCGGGCAUCUCCUCCAGGGCAAAACCAGUGGCUGCACCAGUUGCAUCAGCCACUCCAUCCAGCACUGCUGCAAUUGGAGCUGUUGCAUCAGAUGCUCCAAAAAUUGGUUCAAGGCCAUUGGAUAAAGAUGCACUUCGAAAUUUCAUAAGCAGUGCAAUGCCCUUUGGUACUCCCUUGGACCUCAACUACUCCAAUAUUUUUGCUAUCAAGGCUAAUGGCUUUUCUUCAUCAGAUGUGCCCCCAACAGACUUGAAACAACCAGCAUGGAAACCAUACCUUUACAAAGGAAAGCAAAGAAUACUAUUCACAGUUCAUGAGACUGUUCAUGCUGCCAUGUAUGACAGAGAUGACAUUUCAGAUACCAUAUCCAUUGCUGGCCAAAUAAAUUGUCGAGCAGAAUUGGAAGGCUUGCCUGAUGUAUCGCUUCCUUUGACCGGGUUGAGCAAGGCUCAUGUUGAGGUCUUAUCAUUCCAUCCAUGUGCUCAAGUUCCAGAACAUGGUGUGGAUAAACAUGCUAUCAUGUUUUCACCACCACUUGGCAAUUUUGUUUUGGUGCGUUACCAGGCAAAUUGUGCCUUCGGUCCUCCAGUAAUGGGGUUUUACCAGUUGUCAAUGGUCUCUGAGGAUGAAGGUGCAUUUCUAUUCAAGUUGCGGAUAAUGGAAGGUUACAAGUCUCCUUUAGCAAUGGAAUUCUGUAAUGUGACUAUGCCUUUUCCAAGAAGAAGAGUUGUGUCUUUUGAAGGGACACCUUCUGUUGGAGCUGUUUCAACAACAGAGCAUUCAGUUGAAUGGAAAAUUAUUCCAAGUGGCAGGGGUCUCACGAGAAGUAUUGAAGCAACUUUCCCUGGAACAGUCCGAUUUGCGCCAUGGCAAAUUCAAAGAGUGCCUUCCUCAAAGUCUGGUUCUGGAAACAUGAGUGAUGGAGAUAGUGAUGUUGAGGCAGAGAGUGCAAACAAUAUGGUAAAUGUGGAGGAAUUCUUAAUGGAGAAAAUGAGCAAGAAUCUUCCACCAGUUGAUCUAGAGGAGCCAUUUUGCUGGCAAGCAUAUAAUUAUGCUAAAGUGUCUUUCAAGAUAACUGGGGCUUCAUUAUCUGCAAUGUCCAUUGAUCCGAAAUCUGUGAGCAUUUAUCCAGCUGUUAAAGCGCCUGUGGAGUUGUCAACUCAGGUUACUUCUGGGGAUUAUAUAUUGUGGAAUACAUUGGGGAAGUGUCCAUCUGCAGCAACAGCUUAGCUUAAGCACAUGGAUUUUGUCGCAAAGCUUGCCAUUGCCAAUCAGCUACAGCGUGCCUGCAUGCUUUGAAAUUCUGUGCGUGUUGACUGGUAAUUACUUAGCCAGAUUCAGGUUUUUGAUAUUUGUCAGUCUGUUGAUGCUCAUCAUAUAGUCUGCGGAGCCUAUUAGAGUAUUGAGAAAUGAGGAUAAAUGUCAGAUAUUGGUGGGUUGGCUAUAUGAAGGACAAUUUUUUGGGAAUGUUGUAAAUUUCCGAAACGGUACAUUUUCUGUUAGAAUUGAGCCGUCAUGUCUUUCUACUGGAUUUAUUGGGAGAAUGGCUGUGGCACAGCCUAAUUCAAGCAGUCAAGUGCUUCCAUCUUUGCUGCUCAUGUUUUUCCAUAUUCUGUAAUAUAAUGAUUGGUUGGUAAUUUCGUUGUUGUAAUUGCCUUUUAUCGUUAGUGUUGCUCAGUUCGAUCCGCAAAAAUAAACCAAUAAUAGUUUUUUUUAUAUUAAGAAAAUAUAUUUAAUAUAAAUAAUAUUUUU